AUGCUUUACCAUGCUAAGCUGGAAAAGUGCUUCUGGGCCGAAGCAGCAAUGACGGCAAUCUACGUUAAGAACCGUCUGCCGUCGCCUAAAGUUAUGCACAAGACUCCGUUCGAGAUCGUUCACAACUCCAAGCCAAGUAUCAAGCACAUGCGGGUGUUCGGUUGUCAGGUUUACAUACUGACACCAAAGGAGAAGCGGCUCAAGUGGGACCCCAAGGCUCGCACUGGAAUAUUCUUGAACUACGAAGAAGUAUCCAAAGCAUACCGCGUUUAUGACAUCGAGGCGGGGCAGGUAGUCAUCAGUCGCGAUGUCAACUUUGACGAGUCCGACUUUGGACUUUCUCCGCCAACCACCACUGAAGACGCCGAUGACAUUGACUUCGACUCCCUCGAUCUGGAUGAUGAAGUGCCAGGUCAUGCGCAGUACAAGCAAACAGGCAAGCGCAAGAGUCGUCCCCAUGAUGAAGGAGUACCAGCUCCACCCACGCGCACAGUGUGUCAACGGCCCGGAUUAGAAGAAUCAAGUGCGCCAGACAAUCACACGACCCACCAAGAAGAAGAUGAAGAAACAAAGAAUGCUGAUGCAUCGACUCCGUCUGUGUUUUGGCGUGCGAGUGCGGACGCCAUCGAAACGGCAGUAGACUUAUCCGAGCCAUCGACUUUUGAAGCUGCGGUGAGCGGUCCUGAUCAAGUGCAUUUGCGCGAAGCUAUCCCCAAGCUACCUAAAGGACAUCGCGCCAUUGGCACGAAGUGGGUCUUCAAGAUCAAGCGCAAAGCGGACGGAUCAAUUGACAAGUACAAGGCGCGUCUUGUGGCAAAGGGUUUUAAGCAACAAUAUGGGAUGGACUACACGGAAACAUUCUCGCCCGUCGUCAAGUACGUGACGCUGCGCAUGGUGAUUGCAGUCACCAUGUAUUUCGGAUGGACCAUCGACCAAAUCGACGUGGUGACGGCAUUCCUGUAUGGUGUCAUGCAGGAGCAAGUAUUCUGCGUCAUCCCUGAAGGCGUGGAAUUGGAGGGCUCCUUCGAUUGUCUGGAGUUGGUGAAGGCAAUCUACAGACUAAAACAAGCGCCGCGCGUGUGGAACGAAACGUUUGACGAGUUCUUGUGUACCAUUGGAUUCCAAGCGUCAAGCCUCGACCUGUUUCUCUACAUAAGGAUCGUUUCAUGCGAGCUAAUUGCAAGCACCAAGACCGAACUGAAGACACGAUUCGAGAUGACUGACAGCGGCAAGUGUGCAUUUGUGCUUGGAAUCGAGCUUUUGGACGGCGCAGAUGGAAGUGUGACACUAUGCCAGCGUCGGUAUGUAGAUGACAUACUCAAGCGCUUUGGCAUGGAUGAUUGCAAGGCCGUCGCAAGUCCAGUCGACAUGAGCUCUCGACUUGUUUCAAGUGAUGCAUCCACCAAGAUCGAUGCUCCUUUUCGCGAAGCUGUUAGUGCGUUGAUGCACCUGACCACUGCAACGCACCCAGAUAUUGCGUUCGCCGUGACCUAUGUGUCGCGAUUCAUGGAGAACCCCCAAGAAGAACACUGGGUUGCGGUCAAGCACAUCUUCCGCUACCUACAAGGCACCAAGAUGCACGGAAUCUGCUACAAGCCAAAUGCGAAGAUCGACUUUCGUGGCUACUCGGAUGCAGACUGGGCCGGUGAUCUCGCUGAUCGCAAGUCGACGUCUGGUUACGUAUUCAUGCUGUUGGGUGCGCCAGUGAGUUGGGGCAGCAAAAAACAGCCAAUUGUUUUGUUGUCCACGAGUGAAGCCGAAUACAUCGCACUCAGCUUGACGAUUCAAGAGGGCAAGUGGAUUCAUCAUCUGCUUUGUGAGAUCAUGAUGGCUUCCAAUGAAGAAGGACCGGAACUUAUGAUCCUUGAAGACAAUCAGUCGUGUAUCAAGAUGACGGAGAACCCGGUCAACCACAGCCGUGCCAAGCACAUUGACAUAAAGUAUCAUCACAUCCGUGAUGAGGUCAAGCGCGGUGAAGAGAAGCUCUAG